UUCACCAAUGGUAUUAUCAGAGCUUUUAAGAGAUAUUGCUACAGCUAUAGACUGUGUUAAAUUAUAUGUUGAUAGAAAUAGAUCAUUUGAUCCUAAAAAUAUCUUGAAUAGUAUACGAAUAACAUUAAUAACUAUUCGUAUUCAUAUGCAAAGGGUUAUGCAGGUGAUUAAUUAUGGUCAUUCAUUAGGAGUAGCAGUCUUUAAUGAUGGUGUGAAAACUAAUGUAUUAGCAGGAAAGAUGGCAGGAAGGUUUACUCCUUCUAAUCCAUUUAAUAAUAAUGCUGAAAUUGCG